GAUUGAUAUCGCUCCACUACUAUAGAGAGAGUCGUGUAAGUCAUAUCAGCUGACCGUUUGUGUACCGACCCCAUCCCAUCCCUCACUCACCCUCACCCACUCACACCCAUCCUGGAUACCCCACCCGCACACCCACACUCGAUCAUGCCAUGCCAUGCAGCCUGGCCUGAUCCAUGGAUGUGAUCCCUCGCUCAGUCAGUCAGUCAGUCGGUCAGUCCUUCUCCCGUAUGUCUCCACUCUUGUCUGUCUGUCUCUUGUGUGUCCGUCCGGUCCGGUCUAUUCUACAGCCAUCCAAGAUGCACGAACCGACCGACACUUCUCCUCUCUCUUCUCCCUCCUGUCUCAUUCGCUUAUUCACUUGGAUCACUCACUGACAGGGCCUGCUGCCGUCUCCCUCUCCCCCUCCCCCUCCACCUCCCCAUGUGGGUGCGUGCUGGCUCAUCGGCGAGAGGGCAGACACGGAGCUCUCCUCACGCCGCCCACCAGCUCCAACCACAGCAUCGCCAUGACCGGCAGCAGCACACUCGCCUUGAAACCAGCGGUGGCUCAAGGCAGCUUGGGCUGAUGAACAGAUGACGCACAUACGGUGGGUGGGUGUGGUAUUUAUUGGUUGUGUCGCCUCGCCCCGCCCACCUGAUGGGCAUCUGCGGUGUGUGGGGACGGCAAGGAGGGACUGCACGAGGUCGGACGCAUCGGGGAAACGCGCCAUCACGUCAGGACGGAAGACAGGACCCUGAGAGAGAGAGUGGGAGAGAGACAUAUGCGUGGGCUUACCUACAGGGUCCACCCCCACCCUGGCAGGCACAUACCUUCUUUACCACCUCCAGGCAGUCCUGGAAAGUUCCAUCGUUGCACUGCGACCUGCAUCGCAUCCACACGCACAGCCAACUGACUGACUGGGCUUAAUUAUGCUCCUAGGUCGGUGUCCCCUUGUCUGUCUUUCUCGCGUACUUACAGGUCAAAGGGGAAGUGGCCGUCCAUCAAGAUGUACCUGCAGUGACCAGGGACGAAGGAAAGAAGCCACACAGGAAUGUGAUGUGUGUAUGCAGGGAGGGCUUUUGGUCCUGUGUGCUGGCUGGCUGUCUGGCUGCCCACAGAAUGACGCCACACUGCCAGAGGUCUGUCUGGACAGAAUAGCGGCCGCGAAACGCCUCAGGCGCCUGCACACACACACACACACACGCGCACACACAGAGCAAAUCCCUCCUAACUGUGCCCACAUACCCCAGCCAUCUCACUGCCGACUUACGUUGUAUUCCUUUGUGCCGACGAUCUGCACGUGUCCGCGGUGUAUUGGUGUGGGCGGCUCCCGUCUGUCGAGCAGGAGGGCCAGGUCGAAGUCGAUGAGCACCACGCGCCCGUCGGCUGUCGGGCGCGCGUCGUAGAUGAUGUUGUCCAACUUAAUCUACCGGUAGGACACACAGAUGUAGCAAAAACACUCGUAUCUAUGUCGCUAUGUGUGUGUGUUGCCGUAUACAUCUCGGUGAACGACCUGAGAGCAGGAAGGACCGAAGGAGACACACAGUGGCUUGGCUGUGUCUCUGUGUGUCUGUGCCGUGUGGUGUAAGCGUGAAUGCGUUCGUGCGCUGCGAGCGCACGUUGUGUCUGUGUAGGUGGUCAACUGCUCGUAGCAGCUGGCACAUGAUAUUCCGCACAUGCGAUUCAGGAAUCGUAGACGGCGUGAACUGCAACACAAACUCAACCUGAACACGCAGAGCACACACACGUGACGCCCUCCCACAGCACACACACAUUGGACUGUCCACUCGGCCCAUCCGACCAGGUCGGUGCCGCUGCACUUCUCCAUGACGGCGUGGAAGGCCUGGCCGUUCUCGUACACGCCGUGCAGCUGCACCACGUUGGGGUGCGGCGCCCUGCCAAGCCGCUCGUAUAUCAUGCGAAAGUACGACUGGUCAACGAUGGAACUGACGCAAUCCCACACACACACGCAAACACACGCACCGUCCGUCACAGGAUGCCUGCCUUGCUUGUGUCUUGCUGUCUCACUGACUGACAUGAGGCGGCUCUUGGCCACGACCUUGACCGCCAGCUCUGGAGCGUCCGAUGCGUCAAGAGGGGUCGCGGCGUGCACUGCGGCCAUGCUGACAAGCAUGACGAUAGACAAUUAAUUGGGGGCCUGCCUGCCAUGUCCGUUUGGUGUCGUCAUGGUGGACGCUUACAAUCCCUUGCCGAUUUUGCCCUUCAGGCGGUAGCGGGACUCGAUGCAGUCGAUCUGCUGGAUGCGGAACGACGGCACACGCUGAUCGAAGCGAUCACGAUCACGACUCGACAACAAACUCACCACAGACGCACCCUCUACAAACACACACACACACAGAGAGAGAGAGAGAGAAUACACACUCAGCUUUCUCCCUUCCUACCUACCUACCCUGGCCCACAGAGAGGCGCCCCAUCUGCAUGGCGAACCCCCUGCUCCUCGCCACGUCAAACCCCACCCCCAUCCCCGCCGUCCGCCUCUCGCCCUGACACGCAUGGGAGAUCCCCCCAGCCGACCCGAAAAAGCGAUGAGCCCCCUGGCCCCACGACCCGCCGGGCAGCACGAUGCCGCCAUGCAUAUGCACAUGCGGGGGGAACGCGAAAGCGGCAUAGCCAUGCUGGCUCGGUGAGGUGGUCUGUGAUGGCGAUGAUGGUCCAGCCCCGCUGGCAGCCCCUGGCAGUCCCCACUGCUGCAGCUGCCCCGGUGCCAGCUGGUGUUGUCCAGGAUGCCUCUCAGGCCUCUCGGGCUUGUGCUGGUGGUCCUCGGAUGGCAGCGAUACGUCAGAGUCGAAGGACGCGCAGUCUCUCGCAUCGCCGGGCGGCUGCCGAAGGUACGGGUGCGCAUGUGGGCGGGGGUGGAAGCUUAUCGGCUCUCGAGGUUGCGGUGGGUGACCGUGGCCUCUGUGCCCAUUGCGGCGGCCGUGCGGGUGGGGUUUGCGCUGCCGCUUCUUCUUGCUGGGCUGCUGCAGCUCCGUAUCGCCCUCCUCGGUCGGGCUGAGCGCUCUUUUGCCGUCGAAAUGGGCUGAAUCAUCCUCGCGAGGGUUCUGCAUGGCCGUAUGUCAGAUGUAUAGAGGAAGAGCAGGGCUAUCUGGGAUCAUGGGAAAGGCGUCCGGUGCCGCUAGGUUGGCUUGAAAGGGGGGCCAAUCGGCAUGGAGAAAAGUGAAAAAGAAUCGGUCAACGAACGAAGGGGGGGAGGUGGGGCAACGAACUAGGGAAAUGCGAACACGCAGGCCGGGG